UUUAGAAACUGGUAGUGGGGGAACAGGAAGUUCCGCGCAUGCGCGCAUCAUUCUUCAGAAUAAAGGAUACGCCAGAAUUGUGCAGUCGAGACGACAACUUUAGUGUCCCUUUCUAAUGUAUUACUACUGAUUAAGUCUGAGGCCAGUAACAUCAACAGUGAGGACAAAUCCAGCCUUCCUCUCUCCUUCCACACUGAGUUCAAACCUACAGUCACUGGGUCCUGAUUGUGACAGUAAAGCCCAGUUUGCACUGCAGGAUCUAGAGAUGGCAUCAGUGAAGCUGGAAGACUGCAGUCAAACACUGGAGCUGAAUGCCAACAUAAAAGAUGAAGAAGAGGAGGAGAAGAUUGGGACAUCUGUUUCUCAUGGUAUGAGGCCGUUAACAUCAACAGUGAGGACAAACCCAGCCUGCCUCUCUCCUUCCACACUGAGUCCAAACCGACAGUCACUGGGUCCUGAUUGUGACAGUGGAGCCCAGUUUGCACUGCAGGAUCCAGAGAUGGCAUCAGUGAAGCUGGAAGACUGCAGUCAAACACUGGAGCUGAAUGUCAACAUUAAAGAGGAAGAAGAGGAGGAGAAGAUUGGGACAUCGGUUUCUCAUGACUAUGUCCAAACCAAUAUUCAUUCACUGGGUCCUGAUUGUGGCAGUGAAGCCCAGUUUGCACUGCAGGAUCCAGAGAUGACAUCAGUGAAGCUGGAAGACUGCAGUCAAACACUGGAGCUGAAUGUCAUCAUUAAAGAUGAAGAAGAGGAGGAGGAGGAGAAGAUUGGGGAAUCUGUUUCUCAUGGAAACCAUGUUGCCACGUUCUCUGCAUCCAGAGAGCAACAGCAGGAAGAUCAUAGCGCUAAGAGAUCUCAUCACUGCCCACAUUGUGAGGAGAUUUUCCCAUUUCUAUCAAAGCUGAAAAUACACCUAAAAAUACACACAGGAGAGAAUCUGUAUUCCUGUACUGACUGUGGGAAGAAUUUCACAACAUUAGAGGUUCUGAUCAUUCAUCAGAGAGUGCAUGAACGGAUACACACAGGAGAGAAGCCUGUGUCCUGCUCUGACUGUGGAAAGAGUUUCUCUCUACUGAGUAACUUAAAACGACAUGAACGCAUACAUACAGGAGAGAAGCCUUACUCCUGCUCUGACUGUGUAAAAUGCUUCACAACAUCAACUGAGCUAAAACGUCAUCAGAGAACACACACAGGAGAGAAGCCUUACUCCUGCUCUGACUGUGGAAAGAGUUUCUCUCAACUGAGCAACUUAAAAGCACAUGAGAGAAGCCUCAUCACUGCACUGACUGUGAGAAGAGAUUCUACAGAUUGGGCCAUUUAAAAUGACACCAAUGUAUACAUAAAGGAGAGAAGCCUCAUCAGUUCUUUCAGACCAGCUAAGAUUAGUCACUCCACUUAAUUCUCAUCUCAUAAAAUAAGUGGUAACGUUGAAUUGGAUCAAAUGAAGAAAGUGUAGAUCACUGUAUUGUAAUCCAAUUGUUUCUCACUGUGAGAGAACUGUGCAGAGGAGAGGGAGCGUUAUAGUAUGUAUAUUAUCCUCUCUUUACUUUACUGAUCAGUGUGCACCUUGUCAGUUUUGGUGUGUUUUGUUAGCUUCUACUGUAAAGAUAUUGAGAUGGCCUUGGAUUUGGCCUUAGGGUUGAAUAUCCUCUGUGAGGAGUCUCACAAUGGAGUUGUUGACUGGGUGGUACUGCUUCUCUCUGCAGUUUUCCGUGGGAAUGAGCUGGUAGACACAACAUGUACAGAGUGUACAAAACAUCUUUCCAUGACAUAGACUGACCAGGUGAACCCAGCUGAAAACUAUAAUCCUUAAUGAUGUGGUAUUUAUUAUGAAUUUAUUAUGGAUCCCCAUUAGCUUUCAGCAGAAAACAAGAGACUGCAGUUGGAGUUGACUAAGAAAUGAAAAGACGCUGGACGCUGGAGAAUUUGAAAAACAUUGCCUGGCCUGAUGAAUCCCUGUUCCUGCUGUGUCAUGCUGAUGGGAGGACUAGGGUAUGCAGGAAACCACGAGCACAUCCAUCAUUCCUCGUGUCAUCUUUGCAGGCUGGUGGUGAUGGUGUGGAGUUUGUAUUCAUGCCACACUCUGGGCCCCUUGAUAAAAGUGGAGCAACUUGGAAUACCACAGGAUUUCUAAACACCAUUUCCAAUCAGGUGCAUCCCUUCAUGGCAGCAGUUUAUCCAUCUGCAAAUAGAUUUAUUCAGUAGGAUUAUGCCACAAGGCUUGUCCAGGAAUGGUUCCAAGAACAUGACAGUGAAUUCAGUUUACUGCAGUGGCCUGACGAGUCACCAGAUCUCAAUCCAAGUGUUCAUCUGUGGCAGGAGAUGGAACAAGCUAUUCGGAGUAGAGAUCCGCUCCCAGCUAGACACAAUUGUGGGAAGCAUUGGGCCAGAAUCCCUGUGGAAUGCCCUCAACACCUUGGAUAGUCCAGACAAAUUGAGGCUAAUUCUGAGGACAAAGGGGGUGCAACUCAAUAUUAGGAAGGUUUUUUGUACACAAUGUAUAUCAGAUAAAGAUGGUGUGAUGAUCAUUUUUAAGCAUUUGUUUGGGUCGAUUAUUUUAUAUUACUCAACUUUUUGUUUGGGUUGAUUAUUUAAUAUUACUCAACUUUUGUUUAAACAGUAUGAAUCUACUUGUGUUUAUUAAAAUUGUAUUUUAAUACUAGAUUUAUUAUUUUAGUCAUUGAUGAUGAAUGUAUUUGAAUAACUGUGUUGAAGUUAAUUGAUCUGGCGGCAGGUAGCUUAGCGGUUAAGAGUGUUGGGCCAGUAACUGAAAGGUUUCUGGUUUGAAUCCAAAGCCGACUAGGUGAAAAGUCUGUCAUUGUGCCCUUGAGCAAGGCAAUUAAACCGUAUUUGUCCUGUAAGUUGCUCUGGAUAAGAGCAUCUGCUAAGUGACAAGAUUGUAAUGAAAAAUGUUUGUAGAUGAAUUUAUGUUCGGCGGGUUAGCCUAGUGGUUAGAGUGUUAGAGUGUUGGACUAGUAACCGGAAGGUUGCAAGUUCAAACCCCUGAGCUGACAAGGUACAAAUCUGUUGUUCUGCCCCUGAACAGACAGUUAACCCAGUGUUCCUAGGCCGUCAUUGAAAAUAAGAAUUUGUUCUUAACUGACUUGCCUGGUUAAAUAAAGGUAAAAAUAAAAUAAAAUGUUGGGCAACCACUUUUUUUUCUCUUAAAUGAAAUAAACUGUUUGAAGUGACAUACUGUAUAUACAAUACACAACAUUACCACUUUGUUUACCCUGGUCAGAAGGACAGGGCCAUAGUAGGCUAGACUAUGUAGCUGCUGUUGUUACUAGACUAUAGUUUCCAUGUAAUACAGCAUGUCAGAUCACUAAUGAUUAGGUGUUAAGGCUGCUACAUUUAUGCAAGAGUUUUUGCUUGUGUCUGUCGGGAGUGAUGUAUUAUCAGCUUGUUAAAUAUCUAAUGGAGGGAAGUGGAGAGGCGUCUUGAGCUUUGUGCCCGGCCCGCCUUACAUGGUCAAGAGACGCAGAGAACCUGCAGCAGCACCCAGAUGUGAAGAACAGCCCUUACAAAAAUGUACGAUUGUAGUACAAUAAAGAAAAUAUAGCAUGGUAUUUUUGUGGAAUGGUAGUGACCAAAAAAACGUAUGUUUUUUUAUUGUACGAGGCCUAGAAACAUAGAUGAAACUGCCAGAUGUGUCAUAAUAGCCUGGAAGUAAAGCUGCACUGGGAGACACAUUUGAAAUGGAAUACAUUGAAAACAUUCAGCAGGGUGGAAACAAUCACAGUAAAACAUGAUUUAAAUGUAUUGUUGGAAGGGCUGUGGUCACCAUUCAUGUAAUACAUUAAAUAUAUACAUCAGAUGGUAUUGGGGAGCUAUUUCAUAGGGUUUUCAUGGGUACAUUAUUUACCCAUUUCAAUCUUAUACCAACCAACCCUAUGCUUGGUGUGACUGUUAUGGUCAGAACAGACCAUCUGAUAUGCCUUUAAAUAUUGUAAUAUGCAACCUGGAAUUAAAAUGUAAGAGGACCAGUGCUUCUACAGUGAAUCACAUCUGUGCUGUUUGAGAGAGAUGUUGUUAGACUACAUUGUAUCGUUGUUUCCUCUUCUGAGGGCACUGGUGGG